GGGGCACUUGUUCCUACCAUGUGUCUUUCGGCUACACAUGCCAAUGUGGGGAUAGCUGGCUUGGAAGGAAUUGCGAGCACCGAUUUGAAAUGACACAUUCCUGUUGGGAAACCUUACUCAGAUGACCUCCAGCUACAUGCAUUACUCCGCCUGUGACUGUGUGGUGGCUGAACGACGACAGGAUAGAUGUUUCCAAUACUCACGCAACAAACACGCCGGAUAUGGGUUCCUGUCGGCUAUAGCUGGCAUCAUGACCGCUAUUUUAUUAUACAUUCUCUUUGAUGCUAUCUCCAACAAAACGCUAUGCUGCUAUCAGAAGACGAAUAUGGUUCAAAUGGAGAAAACGAUUCCUGAAAAUAAAGUAGAGCUACAUGUAGUAGAACCAACGGAACCAGAACCGGAAGUUGAAACGCCGGAAAAACUGGAGGCGCCGCGGAUCAGGAAGCACCAUUGCUGGGCAUGCGAGGUGAAAUACAACAACGCACCCAUACCAGCCUGGUAUGAACAGAGUUCAAGGACUUACAAACAGUAA